ACUGCUUCCAAACUGAGCCUAAAGAAAAACUACUGCAACAGGUGGUGGCUUCCUGGCUUGGUAAGAAAAGCCAACUUCUUGGGACCUAUGCUGCAGAAAAAGCCCUGGUAUGUUCAAGGGUGGAAGAGGCCACAUAACAACUUGGCGCACAUUAGUCAAAUGGACAAUUGAUGGUAUGAUGUAAUAGUUCUUCCUAUGCAUGAAACCAAAUGGACGUUUAAGGAAGGUGAUGUUGCUGUUCUUUCAUCCCCAAGACCUGGAACAGCCAGAUCUAAGAGGAACAGUUCUGUUGCAAGUGAGGAUGAUAUGGAGCCUGAGGUCAAUGGAUGUGUUGCUGGUAAGGUUAGGCGAUAUAUAACCAUUGAUACUGGUGAUCCUCCAGGGGCCAUUCUUCACUUUUAUGCUGGGGAUACAUAUGAUGCUAACAGCAAGGUUGAUGAUGAUCAUAUCUUGAAGAAAUUUCAGAACAAGGGCAUCUGGUAUCUUAUUGUGCUUGGUUUCCUUGCAACUACUCAACAUGAAUAUAUUGCCCUGCAUGGAUUUCGUCAUCUCAAAAUCGGAAUCUCUGUGAGAAAGAAGACCUGAAACACUACAGUUUGAACACUGAGGGAUGCCCAUCAAUUGGAGAUGAACUGCAAAUGUUUAGAGAGAUCAAUUUGAAGCCACAAAUAGAGGAGACUCAAGAGAACAAAGGACUAAUUCUACCAGGCAGUGAGAAGUCUGACUCUAGAACUGAAUGCAUUGUGAAGAAAAUAUUUCUUGUACAAACCAAGGAAUUACCAAAUUGAAAUUAAGAUGUAUUUGUGAUUUGAAUGUUUUGAAUGGAGAAUGGGUUUUUAGAUUUUAUUUGUAA